UUCCCGGGAGAGGGAGGGCUCUGUGGACGCCCCCUGUGGGCGGAGCCGGCGGCCGGGGCUCAUAACCCGCCGGAAGACGCGCGGGUUGUGGCUGCUGCAGGGGGACCGCGUGAGGUGGGCCCCGGGGCCGCCAGGGCUGGAGCGAGAGCGGCCGGCGGUGCAGGCGGUCGAGAGGGCGCGGCCGGAGGGCAGAGACCAGGCGAGACACCCGGCUGCGGCCUAAGAGGCCAGGCUGGGUGGGCUUGGCUGCAGCCGCCGGCCCCGUGUUAAAGCGGCAGCCAGGGAGGUGUAUCCUCGCCCGGGUCUGCAAGACGCCGGCUCACGGCAUCCCUCCCAUUCCGGCCCUCAAAGCCUCGCUCCUGGGGAAGCGGCUGGGAAAGCCCACCCGCCUGGGCGGGCCCCUGAUGGGAAUUUGGAGCAGACCCUCGUCCACUCCGGAGGCCGAGGGUCCUCCGGGCUUCCGAAGGAAGCCGACCUAAACGCUGGACCCUUCUUGGAGAAUGAUUGCGUUGAGUGGAGAUUUGGUCUGUCUAUAAAAGGCUGGGAGGGAACAAUAUCUGUUAUCACUCAGUCCGUCUCUAAAGAGACACUCUUUACCGCUGAAAACCUCAAGAGCGAGCACUCCCAUAACCCCCGUCUCUGGUCCUACCUGGGUCCAAGGCCGAUGUGUUUUAAAUAUAUUUCUGCAGAUUCUGGAGUUCUGGAGCCAAGUGCUUCUGGAUCCCUCUAGCUUUUCCCUUUUGCUCCUCUAAAGAGUAUGGAGACAUGAACUCAAACCUAACUAACUGGCUGCCUCCCAAAGAAAGUGCUUGAUUUAAAGGGGAGUUUGUUUUCCAGAAUUGUUAAAGUCACAUCAGCCUCUAGGAACCUCCAGGUCCUGGUGCUGCAGGGACACACCAGAGUCCUGAGGGCAGGUGAUUGGAAUCUGAGCAACACCUCACAACUGUGAAGCGUCUCAUCAAGAGCUUCUGGCAAUUUCCUCACCAGAAGUGGACAAGUCCAGUAAGGCAGGCAUCAUGCCACAGCAGCUCCUGAUCACCCUGCCUACCGAGGCCAGCACCUGGGUGAAGUUGCAACAUCCAAAGAAGGCCACGGAGGGGGCGCCCCUGUGGGAGGAUGUGACUAAAAUGUUUGAAGGAGAAGCUCUGCUGUCUCAGGAUGCUGAUGACAUAAAGACCCAGAGAGAAAGUUUAGAGGAUGAAGUGACCCCUGGACUCCCGACAGCAGAAUCCCAGGAAUUGUUGACUUUCAAGGACAUAUCUAUUGACUUCACCCAGGAAGAGUGGGGGCAGCUGGCUCCUGCUCACCAGAGUCUAUACCGAGAGGUGAUGCUGGAGAACUACAGCAACUUGGUGUCAGUGGCAGGAUAUCAACUUUCCAAACCUAGUGUGAUAUCCCAGUUAGAGAAAGGAGAAGAGCCAUGGAUGGCAGAGAAAGAAGGCCCAGGAGAUCCCAGUUCAGAGACUGGGUCUUGCUGUGUUGCCCAUGCUGGCCUCGAACUCCUGGGCUCAAGUGAUUCUUCUGCCUCAGCAUCUUUAGUAGACUCAAAGAGUAAAAUGGAAACCACUGAGUCAACUGCAAAGAGUGCCAUUUCACAGGAGUGCUUAUAUCAUGGCAUUAUGAUGGAAAGGUUCAUGAGGGAUGAUAUAAUUUAUUCCACAUUGAGAAAAGUCUCCACAUAUGAUGAUGUCUUAGAAAGGCACCAGGAAACUUGUGUGAGAGAUGUGAGACAAGCCAUCUUGACCCAUAAGAAGAGAGUCCAAGAAACUAACACAUUUGGGGAAAAUAUCAUUGUGCAUUCAAAUGUUAUUAUUGAACAGAGGCACCAUAAAUAUGAUACACCUACAAAGCGGAACACAUACAAAUUAGAUUUGAUUAAUCAUCCAACAAGUUACAUAAGAACAAAAACCUAUGAAUGUAAUAUAUGUGAAAAAAUCUUCAAACAACCUAUUCACCUUACUGAACAUAUGAGAAUUCAUACUGGUGAGAAACCUUUCAGAUGUAAGGAAUGUGGAAGGGCCUUUAGUCAAAGUGCUUCCCUCAGUACACACCAGAGAAUCCAUACUGGUGAGAAACCCUUUGAAUGUGAGGAAUGUGGGAAAGCCUUCAGACAUCGCUCAUCACUUAAUCAGCAUCAUAGAACUCACACUGGAGAGAAACCCUAUGUAUGUGAUAAAUGUCAGAAAGCUUUCAGCCAGAACAUUAGCUUGGUUCAACAUUUGAGGACUCAUUCUGGAGAGAAACCCUUUACUUGCAAUGAAUGUGGGAAAACCUUUAGACAGAUUAGACACCUUAGUGAACAUAUAAGAAUUCAUACUGGGGAGAAGCCCUAUGCAUGCACUGCAUGUUGUAAAACCUUUAGUCAUAGAGCGUAUCUAACACAUCACCAGAGAAUCCAUACUGGGGAGAGACCCUACAAAUGUAAAGAAUGUGGAAAAGCCUUUAGGCAGAGGAUACACCUUAGCAACCAUAAAACUGUUCAUACAGGAGUGAAAGCAUAUGAAUGCAACCGCUGUGGAAAAGCCUAUAGGCAUGAUUCAUCCUUCAAAAAACAUCAGAGACAUCACACUGGAGAAAAACCUUAUGAAUGUAACGAAUGUGGAAAAGCCUUCAGCUAUAACUCAUCACUUAGUCGACACCAUGAAAUACACAGGAGGAACGCCUUCCGAAAUAAUGUGUAAAAACAGAUACUUGACAUGAGAAUAAAAGCCAAGUGUAAACUGGUGAUUUAGAAUGCUUUAAAAUUUCAGGACUCAAAUAUGAGGAACUGGUGUAAUGAUGCCAACUUUUAAUUUUUCCCAUUGUAAAUAAACAUUACAUUGACAGGUACUGACUACUAACACCUCUAUAAAAAGUACUUUACUAAAGAUUAAAAUCUGGUCCUUAAAUGAAUUCAGCAUUAUGAAAAA